GCAUCAGGGCGGGAUGCGACUGACGGUCUGCACGCUUCUGCCUCGCGUGUGUCGUGUCGGUUGAUCGGUUAACGGAGUGAGGAGGAGUCUCUAUCCCUCCCCCUCUUCCGCUUCUCUACCGUGACUGUACCUCGCCGUUACCGGGGGCUGCACCGGGAGUCCCGCGGCUCUGAUGGCGGCGGCGGCGGCGCCCGAGCUGGAGGAUGUGGACCGGCGGCCCAUCGGAAGAGCUCGAUCCAAGAGCGACACACCGUACCUGACCGAAACCAGGCUGUCCUACACACUACAGACAGCAGAGGGUGCCGAGCGUCUGGCGGCGAUGCGCUCCGAUUCGCUGGUUCCCGGGACGCACACGCCACCGAUCCGCAGACGCAGCAAACUGGCCAGUCUGGGACGACUCUUCAAACCGUGGAAAUGGAGAAAGAAAAAGAGCGACAAGUUCAAGCAGACGUCUGCAGUGCUGGAGAGGAAGAUGUCGACGCGUCAGAGCAGAGAAGAGCUCAUCAAGAGAGGCGUGCUGAAGGAAGUGUAUGAGAAAGAUGAGGUCAGCGUCGACGGCGGCCGCAUGUGUGUGAGUGAUCUGGACAGACAGAAGGUCAUCAUCAGUCCAGUGUCAGAGUCUGCAGACACCAGCGUCACAGCGACAGUGUCGUUCUCAGAGGUCCAGUCAUCUGGAGAAACUGUGGCGUGUCUCUCGGAUCUCGUCCCAAAGCCAUCUCAAGCCCCGCCCUCUGUGAAGCCCGUGCCGUCGCCUAGCGACAGCGCUGACAUCACUCACGUGAGGCCGUCGUCGCUGAAGCAGCCUCCUGCCUUACUGCCGAAGCCAUACAGCCGGAUCCCCAACCAUCUGACAGAGACACUGGCCAGACUGUCGCCGCCUCUGCCUCCAAAGAAAGUGAUGAUCUGUGAGCCGGCACCCUCGUUUCCCCUCAAAUGCCUGCCGUCCCAGGGCUCGCACACACACACACACACACUCACACACACACACCCGCAGCAGUACGCCACACUGCCACUGUCACUGCAUCCACCCAGCCGCAUCAUAGAGGAGCUCAACAAAACACUCGCGCUCACCAUGCAGAGACUCGAGAGCUCUGUACUGCAGGCGGUGCCAUCUGUCCUGAUGGAGACGGAAGCGGAGAAGGAGAACAGAGAUUCAAUGCACCAAACCAACACACACACACUCAUCACACACACCUUCAGCACGCACGAGGAAGAGGACGAGGAAGAGGAGGAUGACGACGACUCGCUGUUUACAAGUACGCUUGCUUUAAGGAUCUUACGGAAAGAUUCGCUGGCGAUCAAACUGAGCAAUCGCCCGUCGAAGAGAGAACUGGAAGAUAAAAACAUCCUACCCAUGAUUACCGACCAGGAGCGGCUGGAGUCCAGACAGCAGAUCGGCACCAAACUCACCCGUCGUCUGAGCCAGAGACCGUCAGCAGAAGAGCUGGAGCAGAGGAACAUCCUCAAACCGCGGAACGAGCAGGAGGAGCUGGAGGAGAAGCGCGAGCUGAAGAAACGGCUCUCCAGGAAGUUGAGUCAGAGGCCCACCGUGGAGGAGCUCAGAGAGGCCAAGAUUCUCAUCCGCUUCAGUGAUUACGUGGAGGUGGCAGAAGCUCAGGAUUACGACCGGCGCGCGGACAAACCCUGGACCAGACUCACUGCUGCUGAUAAGGCUGCUAUACGCAAAGAGCUGAACGAGUUCAAAAGCACAGAGAUGGAGGUGCACGAGUCCAGUCGACAUCUAACCAGGUUUCAUCGGCCGUAGAGCGAACUCUCUCUCUCUGGUUUGGAGCUGUUCAUCUCUAAUGGACCCUGAACAGACUACCUGCUGCUGGAUUUGAUCAGGAAUCACUCGCAGCAGAUCUGAGCUGAUCCUGCUGGACUCUCAGCGGCCCGGAGGAUACCAGCGAGCUGACGAUCUGUCUGUGUGCCCAUAUUUCUGUAUAUUUUGACAAACACUGAUCUAUUACGUGCCCUUCGCCGUGAAUUUCUCUUUUUUUGGUUUUUCCAGGCGAUGGUUUUUAAUGCAGCAAACGAUGUAGUUGAUUUUCUACUUGCAACUGAUAUUAUUCCAGUCCUUUUAGUCUUCAAAAACGGAGAACACAAAGGAAACGACUUUUCUAAUGAGCGCAAACCACAUUAUUAGACGCUGUCUUUAAAGAAACAGUUCAGCCAAAAAGGAAAAUUAGCUGGAAAUGUGCU